UUUUGUUCGAUUGGCCAGCUGGCGACGUCUUUUCACGCCUUGAUUCUUAUCGCGAGCGCUAUCAUUGAUGCACCAAUCUUGAAGGAGCGAAUUGAAUUGUCUACAACUAGGCAUGAGGUCACGGCUAAAGACCGUUGACCAAGGACAAGCUCUAUGGAACUGCAGGUAGGACUUUUGCUCGAUUGGAUGGGGUUUCUUACCCCUUUCCGGGCCUGGCCUUUUAUGAGACCUGGCCACUCAUUUCCAGCCACCAUUGACUAAGAGUGACCAUACGAACAAGCUGAUGGUGUAUAAAUCAACUCUACCAGCUUGUCGAGCCAAAAGCAAGGCUAAGCCAUCUUACAUCACAGAAUUACUGUAAGAAAGCUUCCACGGCCAGCCAUGUCGACAACGACAGUCACUCAAACCAGCACGAAAAUGACUGCAAAGACUGCUCUCCCAUCAGAUUGGUACCGGACGCCUGCUCUCUAUGAACUCGAGAGACGCGCCAUUUUUUCCAAAGAAUGGCUAUUGAUCACGCACAAAUGCCGAUUCGAGAAGCCAGGAGACUAUCACCAAUUUGAGCUUGCCGGGUUCCCGUUCUUUCUCAUCAUGGAUCGUCAACAGACCAUCCGUGGCUUCCACAAUGUCUGCCGACACCGCGCGUAUCCAGUCAUUCGCCCUGACGCCCCGAAAUCUGGAACCAAGAGCAUCCUCUCGUGCUACUAUCACGGGUGGUCAUAUGGUUUGAACGGGAAACUCGCAAAGGCUCCCAAGUUCGACACUGUCGAAGGGUUCGACAAAGAACAGAAUGGUCUUUUCCCGGUUCACGUUCAUAUCGAUGAUCGAGGAAUCAUCUGGGUCAACUUGGAGGUGUCGGAGACACCCAGUGUUCCGUGGGAGGCGCGCCUCGAAGGCAGUGAUAAACGUCCUCGCCUAGCACCUUUCAAGAUGGAUGAUUACGUCUACGAUCACACCUGGACCUUUGAGAGCAACUACAACUGGAAGGCCGCCGCCGACAAUUAUAACGAGUGCUACCACUGUCCAACCACCCAUCCCCUUUUCGUCGAGACCUCAAAUCUGGAGAAGUAUAGAAGUGAGUUGAAGGGAGGAGAAUUGCUUUAUUUUCUUGAGGACUUGCCAGGGAAAAGCAUAGGCAAAUAUGCACCAAGCUGGUUCUAUCCUAACGCGUCCUUGAAUCUUGCGGAGCCUUUCUGGUAUCUUAUGCGUUCAAUUCCCACAGGUCCCACCACGGUAAGAAACGAGUACGAAGUUUAUCGCCACAAGAAUGCCACGGAUGGAGAGUUCGAAGAGAUGGACAAGUUCUUUAAACAGGUCGAACGCGAAGACAAAGAACUGUGUGUUGCGGCGCAGGUCAAUCUCACCGCUGGCACGUACUCGGCAGGCCAAUUACAUCCGCACAGGGAAGAUGGAGUUGUAUACUUCCAGAACCUAGUCAGAGAAACCGUCAAGGCACAUCGUGAGAAGGAAAAGAAAUCUGGAACGGAAAUAUGGCCUACCAGAGCGUCGACAGCAUCGCAGAACGAUGACGUUGAAUUCUGUCGAGAUCUCGCAGGGUGUGCCACAGCCAAAGAAUUAGGCGACUGGUGAUUGCGGUCUGACCAGAAAGGAGAGUCGACCCUUAUCUCCGAAAUCAUGAACAUGUACCAUGUAGACUCUGC